ACUGUACGCCUGAAUGUGCGGCGUGCAAUGCUUGUGUGGGUUCGGUAAUCGGAAAAUGUGCACAUAGCCAACUUCAUAGUCUAGUUAUAAGGGCGGAUAUGGGUAUGACUUCGACAGGGAGAAUCUAAUGUAACAUCUUCGGCAGAGCACAGCAAUAAGACCUUUCUAUUCCUGCCAAGGCCUAAGACUUUGGAGUAUCUAAUACGUGACCCCACAGCAAAGUGUGAAUAGGUCGAAAAGAAAUUUAGCGUUAAGUCAAGGUUUAACAACAAACAUGAGUGGCCUGGGUCCGGCAGCCUGUUGGCUGGCGCACAAGCGCAUUGAGUCUUGGUCUCGCAUAGCCAAGGAGCGCGUUGGUGCCGUUCGUCGCGUUACGCUCGACCGCAACUCGGCCGACGAGAGCAGCGGCAGUGGCGGCAGCAAUGGCUGCACCCAGAUUUUGCCGGGAAGUGAGGGCGCAUCCUCCACGACGCCGCCGCCGCAGCCGAUGACGCCGCCGCCAUCGGCCUCGUCGGUAACCUCGACCACCAGCGGCAUAGGCAGUGUUUCGGCUGGUAGUGGCAGCGAUAGCUGUGACUUGCCCACGGACUCAGAGGAAGUCAAUAUUUCGAAGGAGUCGCAUCCCAUACAACCGGCCACACAGCUCCAUGGAAUUCCUUGCGUUCCCAACCAUCCGAUUCCGGCCGAUAUACUGCGUGGUCCCGCCGAGGUUUUCCACAGCCCCUUGCACUUGCACCACCAGAGUCGAUCCUUUCCGCCGCGUCUGCAGCGCACGCCCUCGAUUUCCAGCCAGAGCAGCAUAGACAGCGCUCCGUCCAGGCAGUCGGGUCAUCGCGGCUCCUCUCCACAAAUAAGGACAUUCGGACCCGAUGGACGUAGCUCACUACCUAGCGAGGCAGCAUUCCCACAUCAUCUGGCCCGUUCGCCCAGUCCCAUGCGGACCAUUUCGCUUGACGCACGCUGCGGCAGCCCGGCUUCGAUCGAUGCAAGUGUCUUGCGGACCCCAAGUCCCUCCCAGAGUAGCCUGGCCUCUCUAUCAGGCCCAGGCAUGGUUGGAUCUGCGCCCAACAUGAUUAUGAGUACAGGUGCUGGAUCUGUUGUCUGCAAGGGCAUGGGUGUAGGCAUGACUGGCAAUCGUUGUCUAUCGCCUUUGCUGAUACCUCCACGUCCUCAGCCAGGCAUUGAUCCAACUGUGGGCCCUGCUUCGCCUCUUGGUGCUCUGCAACCUGACCUAUAUCGGAUGCCCGAUGGGCCGGUCUAUCUGACAGCACCCGGGACGAGCCACGCCGUGGGUCGUUUGCACUUGCGUGUCAAAUAUGAUUACCACCUUUUCGAUUUAACGGUUCAUCUAAUUGAAGCACACAAUCUGAGCCCCAUCGAGGAGGGUGGCUUUCGGGAUCCUUAUGUGCGUCUCAUGCUUCAGCCAGGCGUGGACAGCCGCAAACGUCAAACGCACAUACACCGCGGCGAAUCGAAUCCCUACUUUGAUCAGCAUUUUAAGUUCCCGGUUUCACGUGACCAAUUGCAAGGCAAGGAACUGGUCUUGCAGGUACUCGACUACGAUAGGUACUCGCACAACGACAUUAUUGGCGAAGUGCGUAUUUCGGUUAAUGGCCUGGAUUUGUCAAAAUCUGUUGAGAUAUGGGGCGAUUUACUGCGCACUAAGAAGCCCAAGGAGGAUCGCCCGGAGCUGCUGUGCUCUUUGAACUAUCUACCACAGGCUGAGCGCCUGACCAUUGUAAUAAUGAAGGCCCGAAAUUUGGAUACCGUGCAAGAGCCCUAUGUCAAGAUUUAUCUAAUACAAAACGGCAAGCGCAUAAAAAAGAAAAAGACAAGCAUCACCAAAUCUGACGAUGCUAGCAAUCCCAUCUGGAACGAGGCAUUUACAUUCAAUCUGCAAUCAAAUUAUUUACACAGUGCCGCCAUUGAGAUAUAUGUGGUCGGCGCGGGCAGCGAUGCAGCGGAAAUUGGCUGCUGCGGACUUGGCCCGCAGGAAAGUGGAACGGGCUGCCAACAUUGGCACGACAUGAUUAACAAUGCCCGCAAGCCUACAGCCAUGUGGCACUACAUUCGCUAAGCGAGCGGGCAGCUCCACAUAAAUAUGCUUCAGUAUGAAAAUAAAAUCACAUUCAAUGAUUGAAGCUCUUUUCAAGCUGCUUUUAAAGUACAAA